GGGUCUGUGUCACUGUCACUCUCUUUCUUUUCCUAUUUGAGUUUUCUGCAGAGCUCCUGAGCUAGGGUUUGUGAUUUGGUCAUGGCCGAUUUCCAGACCUCGACUCACCGGAGCAAGUGGAUCUUCACGCCGGAGCAACUGGUUGAAAAGUACAAGGCUGCUAAUCAACAAGCAAUAGAAGCAUUGGAGAAGUAUGGAGUAGCACUGGCGAAAGUAAAUGAUGAUGGUUCAUUAUCGUACCCCGAAAUUGCAAAAGAGAAUGCUGACAAGCAUUCUCGUCCAAAAGCGGUUACCGUUGAAGAGGAGCAAAUGAUGCGAGUAUUUUAUGAAACUAAGCUUCAAGAAGUGUGUAACAACUUCCAUUUCCCUCAUAAAGUUCAGGCAACAGCUCUCAUAUAUUUCAAAAGGUUUUAUCUACGGUGGUCAGUUAUGCAACACGAACCAAAAAAUAUAAUAUUAACCUGUAUAUAUGCGGCUUGUAAGAUAGAAGAAAACCAUGUAUCUGCAGAGGAGCUUGGUAAGGGGAUCUCACAGGAUCAUCAAAUGAUACUCAAUAAUGAGUUGAUAGUUUAUCAGAGUUUGGAAUUUGAUCUUAUUGUGUAUGCACCAUAUCGCUCAAUUGAAGGUUUUAUCCAAGAUAUGGAGGAUUUCUGUGGAUUAAAGGAUGAACAGCUUCCAAUGCUUCAGAAUUUGCGUGAUGCUGCAAAGAUGGAUGUUGAUAAAAUCAUGCUCACUGAUACACCACUUAUGUUCCCUCCUGGGCAGUUGGCCUUGGCUGCAUUGCGUAGCGCAAAUCAGGUGCACAGAGUUGUUGACUUUGACAGAUACCUGGGGAGCAUGGUCUCUCGUAAGAGUUCUGCACAUACCAUUUCAGAGCUAGUUGAAUCCCUCAAUGCAAUUGAUUUUUGGGUAAGUAGAUACAAAUUUCCUUCAGACAAGGAAAUCCUGCACAUCAAUCGCAAACUGAAAUCUUGCUGGGGUCAAAGUUCACGUGACGAAAGCAAGAAGCGGGAUAAGAAAUCAAAGCACAAGUCGAAGAAGAGUUCAAAUGAAGCACAACCCGUAAAUUUACCUGUUUAAGUUUGGAUACCAGCAUAUGUUACAUACCAUUCGGUUGAGUUUCCUAAGCAAUUUCUUGUUCUAGGUUUCCUGAUUCCUGACAAAUCAUAUGGUAGUGUUUUGUUCUGCUCCGGGAGACCCUUCAAGGCUUUUUACAACUGAUUGUAAAAAGAAAUUUUUGACAUUCUCUACUCUCCUUUCACUUCCAUUUCACUUUUGUGUUGUUGUAUUGUCAAUUAAAUCGGUGAAGACUGAACCCUAAACCCUGAACGGGAGAAAUGAAUUCC